AUGAAGAUGAAGAUGAAGAGUUUUGGAAGCAUAAGAUCGAUAUUCAUGCACGCGGAUGGUGUAGAUUGGAUGUUGAUGGGAUUAGGCUUAAUCGGAGCCGUCGGUGAUGGCUUCACCACUCCUGUUGUAUUUUUCAUCUCCGGUUUAAUACUCAACGACAUCGGUGGUUCCUCUUUCAAUGAUGGAACCUCCUUCAUGAAAGCCGUCUCCAAGAAUGCUGUAGCUAUGCUCUAUGUGGCUUGUGCAUCUUGGGUAAUAUGUUUCCUUGAAGGAUAUUGUUGGACAAGAACAGGGGAGAGACAAACAGCAAGAAUGAGAGAAAAGUACUUAAGAGCGGUAUUAAGACAAGAUGUGGGCUACUUUGAUCUUCAUGUCACAAGCACUUCUGAUGUUAUCACAAGUGUUUCUAGUGAUAGCCUCGUGAUCCAAGACGUCCUCAGUGAAAAGUUACCAAACCUUUUGAUGAAUGCAUCUGCGUUUUUUGGAAGCUACAUAGUGUCUUUCAUCAUGCUGUGGAGACUCACAAUCAUAGGCUUCCCGUUCAUCGUCCUCCUCGUGAUUCCUGGACUAAUGUACGGACGAACCCUCAUCAGCAUUUCGAUGAAAAUACGCGACGAGUACAAUGAGGCUGGUUCUAUAGCCGAGCAGGCCAUCUCAUUGGUGCGAACCGUCUACGCGUUUGGUAGUGAGAGGAAGAUGAUAUCAAAAUUUUCAGCUGCACUUGAAGGGUCGGUGAAGCUAGGGUUGAGACAGGGACUAGUUAAAGGAAUUGCCAUUGGGAGUAAUGGUAUCACUUUCGCCAUUUGGGGAUUCAUGACUUGGUAUGGAAGCCGGAUGGUUAUGUACCAUGAUGCCAAAGGCGGUACCAUCUUCGCAGUCACAGUAUGCAUGAGUUAUGGUGGCACAACACUUGGUCGAGGUUUGUCGAAUCUCAAAUAUCUCUCGGAGGCGGUUGUAGCUGGCAAAAGGAUUACCAAAGUGAUAAAAAGAGUUCCAGAUAUUGACUCGAACAACGUGGAAGGGCUAGUUCUAGAGAAAAUUAGAGGAGAAGUCGAGUUUAAGAACGUUAAGUUUGUGUAUCCAUCGAGACCAGAAACAUCAAUCUUUGACGAUUUUUGUCUGAGAGUUCCAUCCGGGAAAACCGUGGCUUUGGUGGGAGGAAGCGGGUCAGGAAAAUCAACCGUGAUUUCGCUUUUGCAAAGGUUUUAUGACCCGGUUGCAGGGAAUAUUCUCAUCGAUGGUGUAUCCAUUGAUAAGCUGCAAGUGAAAUGGUUGAGAUCACAAAUGGGUCUAGUUAGCCAAGAGCCUGCUCUUUUCGCCACAUCCAUAAAGGCGAACAUAUUGUUUGGUAAAGAAAAUGCAUCCAUGGAAGAUGUUGUAGAAGCUGCCAAGGCCUCUAAUGCUCAUAAUUUCAUUUCUCAGUUACCUAAUGGCUACGAAACUCAGGUUGGGGAGAGAGGAGUACAAAUGUCAGGAGGACAAAAACAGAGGAUUGCAAUCGCGCGUGCAAUAAUAAAAUCGCCAACAAUUCUUCUUCUAGACGAGGCAACAAGCGCAUUGGACUCAGAAUCUGAAAUGGUAGUCCAAGAAGCCUUAGACAAUGCUUCUGCUGGCCGAACAACUAUUGUUAUUGCCCACCGCCUCUCUACUAUUCGUAAUGCCAGUGUUAUCUGCGUAGUUCAUAAUGGUCGCAUUGUAGAAAGUGGAUCACAUGAAGAGCUCAUGGAGAACUUAGAUGGUCAAUAUACCUCUUUAGUACGCUUACAACAUAUGGAGAAUGAAGGAUCAAAUGUUAAAAUGCAAGAGGGUCAACUUUCGAUUUUGAGCAAAGAUUUGAAGUAUAGUCCAAUACUCUCUAUUCAAAGCCGGUCUAACUUGUUCACGACUUCAAGCAUUGAUACGAAUCUUUCUGGUUCGAUGCCUAAGGAUAAGAAGCCACCUGUGCCAUCAUUUAAGAGAUUAAUGGCGAUGAAUAGACCAGAGUGGAAACAUGCAUUGUAUGGUUGCUUAUGUGCAGCCUUAUAUGGGGCCGUACAGCCAAUUUACGCAUUUUGUUCGGGGGUAAUGGUGUCGGUGUAUUUCCUGACGAGUCAUGAUGAGAUCAGGGAGAAAACAAGGAUCUAUGUGUUGUUUUUUGUUGGUCUAGCUCUGUUCACUUUCUUAAUCAACAUCAUUCAGCAUUAUAGUUUUGCUUACAUGGGAGAAUACCUAACAAAGCGUAUCCGAGAAAAUAUGCUUUCGAAGAUAUUGACCUUUGAAGUCAAUUGGUUCGAUGAAGACGAGAACUCGAGUGGUGCAAUUUGCUCCAGACUCGCAAAGGAAGCAAACUUGGUGAGAUCGCUGGUUGGUGAACGAGUGUCAUUGGUGGUACAAACUAUAUCAGCAGUGAUGGUAUCUUGCACACUUGGUUUGGCCAUCUCUUGGCGAUUAGCCAUUGUGAUGAUUGCGGUGCAGCCACUUAUUGUUGUGUGCUUCUACGCUCAACGCAUUCUGCUCAAGAGCUUGUCGAAAAAGGCCAUUAAAGCCCAAGAUGAGAGUAGCAAACUAGCUGCAGAAGCUGUCUCCAACAUUCGAACCAUAACGUCUUUCUCGUCACAAGAACGUAUCUUGAAAUUACUCAAAAGGGUUCAAGAAGGUCCACUAAGAGAAAGCGUCCGCCAAUCAUGGUUAGCAGGGAUUGUGCUAGGAACGUCACGAAGCCUCAUAACGUGUACUUCAGUUCUGAGUUACUGGUACGGUAGCAGACUAAUCGUUGAUGGUAAAAUCACGUCAAAAUCAUUCUUUGAGAUGUUUUUGAUCAUUGUAAGUACGGGUCGGGUUAUCGCUGACGCUGGGACCAUGACAACGGAUCUAGCUAAGGGCUCGGAUGCGGUUGGGGCUGUGUUUGCAGUGUUAGAUCGUUCCACAAUCAUUGAGCCUGAGAACCCGGAUGGGUACUUCCCGGAAAAGAUAAAGGGCCAAAUCAGAUUUCUCAGUGUGGACUUCGCUUACCCAACGCGACCAGAUGUGAUUAUAUUCAAAGACUUCUCUAUUGAGAUGGACCAAGGGAAGUCCACGGCGAUCGUAGGUCCAAGUGGCUCAGGUAAAUCCACAUUAGUGAGCUUGAUCGAGCGGUUUUAUGACCCGUUAAAGGGUACUGUGAGAAUCGAUGGCCGCGAUAUAAGGUCGUAUCAUUUGAGAUCGCUUCGUCAACACAUUAGUCUAGUUAGCCAAGAGCCAACGUUGUUCGCCGGGACGAUCAAAGAGAACAUCAUGUACGGAGGAGCAUCUGAGAAGAUCGACGAAGCAGAGAUAAUGGAGGCGGCCAAGGCAGCGAACGCUCAUGAUUUCAUUACAUCACUMKCUGAUGGUUAUGACACAUACUGCGGAGACAGAGGAGUGCAAUUGUCGGGUGGACAAAAACAGAGGAUUGCGAUCGCUCGAGCGAUGCUGAAGAACCCAUCGGUGUUGCUCCUCGAUGAAGCCACGAGCGCUUUAGACAGCCAGUCGGAGCGUGUGGUGCAAGACGCGCUCGAGCGCGUGAUGGYUGGGAGGACGAGUGUGGUGAUCGCACAUAGGCUGAGCACGAUUCAGAACUGUGACGCGAUCGCGGUUUUGGACAAAGGGAAAGUCAUCGAAUGUGGGACACACUCGUCCUUGUUGGGUAAAGGUCCCACGGGUGCUUAUUUCUCGUUGGUAAGUCUACAGAGAACUUGA